GAAAAGUUGCAAUAUCAUCUCUUCUUCCUCUUUCACUUUCUCUCUCUUGUUCCUUCUUCUUCCUCUCCAAAUCAAACCCAAAUCUGGGUUUUUCUCAAACCUAAAUAACUCCUCCGACACCACUGAAACACAACAAAAGAGAAACUAAAUCACAAUCCAACAAAAAAACCUCAAAUACACGCAUUCGAAUUUCACCAAAUCAAGACAAAUCACGUGGAUGCGAAUAAAUCAAAAAGAAACAGUACCGAACCACUGGAGACUCAAUCUGUAGCAAACCAUAACCCAAAAUGCUAGCGAAAUCAGCACAGAAACCAGCGAGAACUGAUUUAAAGAGAACCAAAAAUUCUAGUUCCAUCAAGACAAAGAAAGUAGCAGAAUCAAGACCAAGAAUUAACCAUAAAAGUUCAAAAAAACAGAACAAAAAUUUUUGUUUCUCAUGCGUUCUUGAGAGAAACAGAGAUUCUCCACAAACAACCACAAACAAUUGCUCCAUAAAAGAAACAAAGAAACAAAACCAAAAACAAAAGAAGUCGACCUUGGUGGAGAGACAAGCACCCGAGGCAAUGGCAACGGUUGUGACGGCGACGUGAGUGAUGGUGGAGGUGAUGGCGCCAUGGAUAGCGAGGAUAACACCGGAAGAAGCAGCAGUGAUGGCGUUUAAAGAAACAGAAAUUGUGAAUCUGCUUCUGCUUCAUUAUCUAAGCUGGGAGACACCCAGAUCUGGGUUUGAGAACUGGGUUUUUCUCAAACCCAGAUCUGGGUUUUUUUCAAACAUGCAUAAAGAAAAGCACACGAACAUUCAUAGAAGCUGUGCAGUUGGGGCAUGUACGUCGGAAAAACCGUAUCCAAAGCAAAAUUACCGAACACCUAGAUACUCUGAGCUCUCAACAGACAAUUUUGUCUCUCCAAUCCCCAUCUCCUUUCCAGUUUUCCCCGUUGUUUCGAUCACUGAUACCUCAGCGAUGGCUCUGCAAUUAUGGGAGACUCUGAAGGAGGCGAUACCAGCCUACACGGGUCUCUCUCCGGCUACUUUCUUCACCGUCCUCGCCGUGUUUUGGGCCAUAUACUACGUAAUAACGGGGCUCUUUGGGUCCUCUAAUGCUCCCCAGCCGCGGUCCAGGACCUUGGAAGAGCAGACGCAGCCGCUUCCUCCACCGGUCCAGCUCGGCGAGAUCACUGAGGAGGAGCUCAAGCAGUACGAUGGCUUGGAUCCUGAGAAGCCCCUCCUCAUGGCCAUCAAGGGUCAGAUCUAUGAUGUUUCUCAAAGCAGGAUGUUUUAUGGACCUGGUGGGCCUUAUGCAUUAUUUGCUGGGAAGGAUGCCAGCAGAGCUCUGGCAAAGAUGUCCUUUGAAGAAAAUGAUUUAACUGGGGAUAUAUCUGGUCUUGGUCCAUUUGAAUUAGAUGCCCUACAGGAUUGGGAAUACAAGUUCAUGACCAAGUAUGCGAAGGUUGGAACUAUAAAGCAAACCAUUCCAGUAAGUGAUGGGGAUGCCAGUGGUGAAGCUGUUGAAGUUAAAGAAGAACAGGAUGCCGAAAAACCUGCUGCAGUUACAGAAGAACAGGAUGCUGAAAAAUCUGCCGAAGUUAAAGAAGAACAGAAUGCUGAAAAACCUGCUGAAGUUAAAGAAAAGGAUGGUGAACAACCUGCUGAAGGUAAAGAAAAUGAUGUAGAAAACCCUGCUGAAGGUAAAGAACGGGAUGCAGAAAAGCCUGCUGAAGGUAGAGAACAGGAUGAUAAAAAGCUUGCUGAAGAUGGUCCAUAGGCGGCUGCUAGAUCAGAGGAGACCCGUUCAGUUGCCAAUGCUCAGAAAGGGUAAUGAUGAUUGGCAGAAGAGUUGCUUUUACGUUUUGAUUAAUAACACUUUUAAUCAAAGAUGCCUACUUGUCAGGAGGGAUAGAGUGCUGUUGUUUGGGUGUGUCUAUCUUCUUAAAUAUUAUUUCAGAUAUAAAGUUAUAAAGUUUUCUUUCUUAGUAUAGAAUAGUUAUGUAUCAAACUUGUUCAUCUCAUAAAAAAUAAAUUGGGAAUAAUAAAAGUUAUUAAUUCUA